CCCACAGCUGAAAACUAUUAAGCACUGCUGGAACUUCCUCCUUAGUAUCCCAGCUUGUGUGAAAGCGAAUAAGUCGCCCGGCUCUACAGUUCACCCAUCUUUUAGCUUUCGUCUAGAGGCUCUCUUUCUGUUGGUUUUCUCAUUUGGUUCGUCUUUGGCAGAAGACACUGGCUGGUGCUUUGGAAAUCUCCUCUCAUUAUUGAAGGAAAUGCAACCCGACAAUUGACAUAAAUGUGUCAAUGUUCACGCAAAUCAUUUGUGAUGCAGCUUCACCUACAGCAGAAGUAGAGGUGGCACAUUCCAGGAAAUCGCAGCUGAGACGGAGCGUUUUCAAGCAUGAACCGGGCAUUUAACAGAAAAAAAGAUAAAUCAUGGAUGCACACUCCAGAAGCACUGGCCAAGCAUUUUAUAGCAUACAAUGCUAAGUUUCUGGGGCAUACAGAAGUUGAUCAACCCAAAGGUACAGAGGUCGUGAGAGAUGCUGUCAGAAAGCUCAAGUUUCAGAGACAUAUUAAGAAGUCAGAGGGACAGAAGAUCCCAAAAGUGGAAUUACAGAUCUCCAUCUAUGGAGUAAAAAUAUUAGAUCCUAAAUCAAAAGAAGUACAGCACAACUGUCAGUUGCACCGGAUAUCCUUCUGUGCAGAUGAUAAGACAGACAAAAGGAUAUUCACAUUCAUUUGUAAAGAUUCAGAGUCCAACAAGCAUCUCUGCUAUGUGUUUGACAGUGAAAAAUGUGCAGAGGAGAUAACUUUGACUAUCGGCCAAGCAUUUGACUUGGCAUACAAGAAGUUUCUGGAGUCUGGGGGAAAAGACGUAGAGACGAGGAAACAGAUAGGUGGCCUACAGAAAAGAAUUCAAGAUCUUGAAACUGAGAAUUCUGAGUUGAAGAAGCAGUUGCAAGUUUUAGAGGAACAGCUGAUGAUUGCUCAGGUUCCUCCUCUUCUUCACAUUAACUCUUCUAAUGAGGCCUAUAUGCUUCAGAGACCCUCAUCUCUCUUCUGGUGUCACAACGUGACCUCGUUCUCUUGCCUCGAAAUCUCUUCUGUUACACUAACGCCAAUGAGCUCACCUGACUCUAACCUUUCUGCUGGUCUUCUGACUCCUCCACCUGCUAAACCAGCUUUGUCAAGGCCUCCCAGUGGAGCCAGUGUUCCUCGUCCUCCUGGAAACAGCAUGUCGUCGAAGAUGCCCACUGAUGUAUUCGACAUGGUUCCAUUUUCUCCAAUGACUCCAUUGGUUCCAUUACCAGCAAGUAAUGGCUCAGCCCCUCCACCCCCUGCAAGGCCUACAGAAAUGAGGAGAGACCUGUUUGGUGCAGAGCCAUUUGACCCAUUCACCUGCGGGGCAGCUGACUUCCCUCCUGACAUCCAGUCCAAACUGGAUGAGAUGCAGGAGGGGUUCAAAAUGGGACUAACAGUAGAGGGCACUGUCUUUUCCCUUGAUCCGUUAGAUGGACGCUGCUGAUGCCAAGAAGAAAGUUUUGUCACUUUCAUGUUAAACCAUUUGUAUUAAAGUGCCAAACUCGGGUUUACAGUCAAGAUGUCAAUGUCUUAUCUUACGUUUCUUUUUUAUGUAUUUGCAUUUUGAAUUUGGUUUACAAAAAGUAUAUUGAGAAAUCAAAAGCAGUAGAUCACUAUUUUUGUAAGAACUAAAAAAAAAAACUAGCAAUGUAGUUUUAACACCCAAGUUUGCUUGUACAGGCAAUGAAGGAUGUAGAAAGUAUGUCCAAUUGCACAGUCUGUGUCAGUUUCAUUACUAUUAUCAAAGCUUGUGUAACAUACAAGCUGCUGUUUUUAAUCUGUAUAGCAUAUUAUAAUUCAUAAAUGCAUACAAUGUUAGCAUUAUGGAGUUUUACGUUACUUUUUUUUUUUUAACACUUAAUGCGUUACCAUACGUCAUAAUCACAUUCCUUUUGUAUGAGAUCAUGUGUAAAACUAUGAUACAGUAUAUGUUAAUAGCAAUGGAUCCAUUAAAAUACAGUAUUUUUUAACUGAACAGCAAUGCCAUAAAUUGCAGGACUGGACUAUUUCCACAUUAACGUACCUGUAUUGCAGUUUAAUUUUAUAUUAUAUAUUUUAGUAUACUCUUGCACAAGGAAGCACUUUGGAAGAGCUCUGUUCAUGUAUUACUGUUAAUUCUGUUUUGUAAGCAUUAUUUAGCCUUUGCUGUUGUAGUCAUUAAAAGAAAAUGGUACAUA